GUGAUGGAAACGACUGGGGAAGGGGAAAAAAUCCCCAUCCACCUGGUACUGAACGUGUAGAGAGGAGGGGAAGAGGAAAGAAGGAGGAAAAGAGAAGAGGGAGAGGAGAGGAAAAGGAGAGGAAGAAGAAGAGGAAGAAAAGGCGAGGAAGAGAGAAGGAAGAGAGGAGAGGGAGAGGAGGAGGAAGAAACGAGAGGAGGAGAGGAAGCGGGGCCGGGCGGGGCUGGGGGCCAAACACCAGCCCCUGCCCCUCCCUGCAAGGAGGAGCCGUCGCUCCCCCGCCGGUUCCUCCGGGGCCGCGGGGGCUGCAGCAGCGCGGGGCGGGGGGGCCCGGGCACCCCGGGGGGACUCGGUGCCCCUGUGCCAAGGUCGCACUGAGCGACAGCGACAGAAGCCGGGAUGGGGCGGCGGGGGGGGCGGUGCUGCCGCUCCCGUUCCUCCCCCGCCCCUUCCCGCUCCCGCCGGGAUCCUCCCGGUGCCUCGUGGCGGAGCUGCCUCCUCAGAUGCUGCUCGUCCUCCUCUUCCUCCUCUUCCUCCUCGCCUGCCCCGGCAGCUCGGCAGCCGGCCCGGCCAUCACAGCCCGCACGCUCCCGCCGUGCUACUCGGCUGCCCUGGGCCCGGCCUCGCAGCGCCUGGUCUCGGCCGUGGGCUGCACGGUGCUGCUGGCCGCGCCGCUCCGCGCCACUCGCCUCGUCCUCUGGGAAUACAGCAGCGGCCCGAGGGAAGGAGCCAUCCUCACUUACACUUUUGAUGGCCCCGCCAACACGUCCCGCCCCUACGAGAACCGCACGAGGUUCAACCAGACGGAUUUCUCCCUCCGGAUGGUGCUGCAGCCCGGGGACGGGCGGCUCUACCGGCUCCGCUCCGAGGCGGAGGCCACGGGCUGGUUCCAGCUGCGCGUUGUGGAACCGCUCUCUGAGCCAGAAAUCGUGGGCAACUCCUCAGUGAAGGAAGGAGGCACCGCCAAACUGGUUUGCAACGUCCUGGGAGGGAAGGCAGACUCAUACCAGUGGAAGAAAAAUGGGGAGCUGCUGCUGGGGAGCGACCACAUCCAGUUUGUGGACAACACCACCCUGUGCAUCCUGAAGGCGUCGAUGAACGACAGUGGCUACUACAGCUGCCUGGUCAGCAAUGAAGUCAGCCAGAACGAAACCUCCUUCCUGCUCCAUGUCCAGAAUGCUGCCAACGUGGUGCUGCCCGUGAUCCUGGCCUGCGUGGUGGUUGGCUCGCUGGCUGGUGUCUUCGUCUGGUGCAGGAGAAGGGACCGCCCAUGUCACAACCCCUGCAGGUAGAGACCUUGGGUGGCUGUGCCCUGGCUGCUGUCCCCGAUGCUGCUGGUGGUGGAUGCUGCCCAGUGAGCCCUGGAUGUCUGCUGCUGUCCCAUCCUCUUCUGGGCUCUCCUUGGAAUUGCUCAAGCUGCUGAAACCCAUGAAUAUGUGUUCGUAAGACACUGACUUGGACUGUCCCAGUGCUGUCCUGCCCUUCCCCAGGGCCCUGUGCACGUCCCCGGGGAGGCCGGGCACGGCUGUGCUUGGAGCCCCUGCUGCUGCUGUGCUGCUGCCCUCGUGCUCUGGGGGUAAGUGCCUGUGGGUGUGGGAAGAGCCUCUGGCCCCACCGGGCAAAGCUGUGGUCCUGGGGCUGCUGGGGAGGGCCACCCUGCCAGCCCCUGCUUCCCGGGGGGCCUGAGCCCCUCACCGUGGCCUCAUGGUGCCCGGGACUCACCAGGGGAUGAGAUUGUGGAGGUUCUGGUUGGUUUGGCCCUCAGAGGGAGGGAGAAGGGCAGGAUUUUGUGUUAGAGCAGUGAGGCAGCCUGGUAUGGGGGAGACAGGGGUGCUCCCAAGUGCAUCUCUGUCCUCCAGCCUUGGGCUCUGCUGGGAUCUGGGGACAUGCCCUUCUCUUCCCAGCAGCAGCCACCUGGCUCCUGGGUGUGCCCAUGCAAGCUUGUUCUUCCCUUCUGCUGCUCUCCUGGCCUUUACUCAGGAGGGGUCAUUAUUCGUUGUUAAUCGGUCCUGUAGGUGAAAUGACUGAGCCUGGAGGCACAAUUGGCCUCUUCAGCCUGGACAAAACUGGGUGCUGGAGCUCCCCCAGUGCCUCCUGCCCCUCAGGCCAUGGUGUUUGCACCCAUCUUUUGUUCUGAUGGGGAUAAGCCCCAGUCCAGCACCCUGGCUGGUCCCAAAGGCCUCUGUGGGUGCUCUAGCUAGGGGAUGGUCACUUCUGUCCCAGAGCAGCUGGUGGCCUGGAGACCUCCUUGCUGCAAGUCUUGGUCAUGGAGAGCAGUACUGGGGGGGGUGGGAGGGUGUUUGUUGCUUGGGUCUUGUCUGUAGACCUGCUGCUGCAGCCCAGGGCUGUCCUGGCAGGGGAGUGGUGGGUUUCCUUCUUCUCAGAGUUAACCCUUCUCCUUGGGGAACAGAGUUGCAGCCAGGAGAGGCUCAAAUCACAUCCCACAGUGUGAGCUGAGCCGUCCUGAACCUCUUUCUGGAGCAGAAAGGAAAACUGGGGGAGAGCAAACUGGCUGGGGGCUUGGCCACCUGGGAGGCUGCUGGCUCUGCCUGCUUGGGGCUGCUCUGUCCCAAGGAGCCACAGGGACACAAAGGGGCUGGCAGCAAAGGGCCAUUGCUCAGCCUGGGGUUCCACCUUGCAGUUAAAGGAAUUGGAGCAGAUUAGAUGCCAGGCUCAGGUUUGAGCUGGUUGUCAGGUCCCCAUGGCACUUGCAGGUGUGAAACAAACACAGCCAUGUGUUACAGAACUUACUUCCCUCUGCUUCUCCUUGAGCUGUCUGUACAUCCUUCUGGAGCUGGUGUGGUGGUUUAGUGCCUGUUGCUGCUAAUAAAAGCCUGUUGUUA